GCCAACAAAUGACAAUGUAUAUAAUGACAUCAGUAAUAUUUUAAUUAUAUAAAACGUAGUCUAAAAUGUGUCAAAUUUUUCUAAGAUGAAAAUGCCCAAGUAAUCUUUUGACUUGGUAUUUUUAUACCAGGUACAAUAUGUAGCCAAAAAUUAUGACUGCAUGGCAAGCAAGAAGUUUUGUUUCCUCAAAUCCGCCGACACCGUCUCGCGCCGUCGAGUCUCUCUGCCGAUCCUCCGGCGUGAAAUAAACACUUUUUACAAAAUAAUCGCAAAUAUAUUUAAUUAGCCCAGGUAACAAUGAAAGUAAUGUAAGUGAAGUAGGACGACACAAUAUCUUAGGGACUGGUUACUACUUAUGUCUGUUACAUCGCGUGCUAUGCGCUUAUUUUAUGUGUAGAGUCGGUCGAUACGCCGCAGUGCUGUGUAAAGCGCCGUCCUAAACGCACGGACCCGGUUCAGCUUUGGUUUAGUUCAGCGUUCGUGCCGACGUUGUUGCGUUCGAAAAUACUCUGGAAACAUCGCAAACAUGAGUUAUUUGGAGAAGGUCGACCGUUACCUGGACUCUCUCAAAGUUGGGAAGAGUGCCAUGGUAGACUCCUGGUUUAUGAUGUCAAGUCCGAUGCCCAUUCUUUCUGUGGUCGUUGCCUAUUUGAUCCUCAUCCGCAUCGGGCCGAGAAUCAUGAAGAAUCGCCAGCCACUGCAGAUGAACAGGCUGAUCGCGUAUUACAACGCCUCGCAAGUUUUCUUAGCUACUAUGAUUUGUUUUAAGGUUUUCAAGUUGAAUCUCUUCAGAGAUGGGAUAAUUUAUGCAGGUUGCCGUUAUCCGUCCAAUACGCAAAAUUCAAUGUUACUAGACUUGGGUUGGUGGUAUUUCUUCGCAAAAUUCACAGAGCUACUAGACACCGUAUUUUUUGUUCUCCGUAAGAAAGAUAAGCAGGUGACCUUCCUCCACGUGUACCACCACGUGAUCAUGGCUCUCUACUCGUGGAGCUACCUGAAGUUCGCGGCGGGCGGGGAGGGCGCAGUCCUGGCGCUGCUCAACUCUGUCGUCCACGUCGUUAUGUACUCGUACUACCUGCUGUCGGGGCUCGGGCCCCGCUUCCAGAAGUACCUCUGGUGGAAGAAGUACGUGACGAAGCUGCAGCUGAUCCAAUUCAUCCUGAUGCUGACGUACUGCGCCUGGACUCACUUCUCCCCUCGCUGUCAGUACGCCUCUGGCUUCACAUACUUCAUCUGCUCCAACAUCACCAUAUUCUUAUUUCUAUUCCUCAAUUUCUAUACUAAGAGUUACAAGAAGAGAAACAUGGAAAAGAAAAAUGUCGAAAAGGAAAUUAAAGAAGAAUACGAGAGAGCUCACAAUGGUGUCAAAACUAAUGGUGUCUGCAAAAACGGAGUCAACCAGAAGAAAGAGAACGGGCUGCAUGGGAAUGAUUGCAAGAGUGCUCCCAAUAUAGAGGAGAACCCCUGCGAAGUGAACAAGGCUUGCGGUGAUUACAUCAAAGAUGGAAAACUACUUCUUACGCGACGAACGACAAAGUCCGCAUUCGGAGCCGAAUUCGACUUCGAUAGUAUAAUAAAUAAAUGAUUCGUCAAGGUCAAAGACUACAGCUAGCGGUUCUAUUGAGACUGAUGUAUGUGAUGACAUUGGUAUUGUUAAAGCCUAAGAUUUUUGUGGAGUUUGGAACUUAGAUAAGUACGCUUAAGUAAUCGCUUCACUAGGACUCUUUCAAAUUGAAGAAAGGACCAUGUUUGGUGCUAUAUCAUUUGUUAGAGCCGUUAAUUUUCGAAAAAAAGUGGAGUCUAAAAUUACAGCAUAUCGUAGUUCGUAUUGCAAAAUUAUUGAAUUUAAAAAUUAUCGUACCAGUGAGAAGACGCUUUAAAUUUACAAUAAAUUGCCAACCGCACAAUUGUUAAUGUAGAUUUUAAGGUUAAGCAUUUGCUGUAAAUAUAAUACGUGAAGUAUAAUCGUGCACUAAUUCGAUGCAGCCAGAUUUAAUUUAGAUUGAGACCUUUCAUACAUGGUAAAUUUAACAUCAAUAGUGGCGGUAACUACGUUGCUUUUAAUGUUGUUUUGUGAAGAACUUAAGGGCUCUAAAGGAUGCAAAUAUAUAAAAUAGUGCUUAAAUAUAGGUGACGGUUAUAAUACUAUGCAGUGACAUAAAGUACCCCACAUCACUUCAGUCGAAUCAAACAGCAGCCGUCCACUCGAAUGAUAAGAUUUUCCAUUUUUCAAUUUGAAAUCAUGCCAAUUAGAGCUAGCAUCAAUUCUAGCAUUUUCCUCUUCAUUUCCUUUCAUGCUUUCAUUAAAUUCAACAAAA